AAGUGCGGUCGUCUCUUCUCCAGCGAAUAUCGACGUAUACAUAAUUAACUGAUUUCUUAAAACUUUAAAACUGGAUUUUAUCACUUAAUAUUUUAAAACUGGACUCUUAGCUAUUUAUUGUUAGCAAAAUAAUAAUAAAACAGUUUCUUUUUUAAUUUAAUACUGGAUUGUAAAGUUUUCGUAGUGUCGUGAAAAAUUUUUAUCAUGUGGUAUACUAUUGAAGUGGGAUAGCAUAAUGACUAUGGUGAAUAAAAAUAUAAUUAUGACAAAUCUUCCAAAACGACGUUGAGAAGCGGCCAGGAGGACGAGCGGCCAAGUGUGACCAUGAACCAAUCAGUAUCACACGGGAUUAAUGACACAAAUUAUGAAGUGUCCCCGGAGUGGUUCGACAACUGCUCGUGGAUGGAGCCGGUGUGGGGCUGCAACGUCACCAACUCCACCAGUGGGAACACCACCAGCUCUGACGUCACCUCGCUCGUCCUCAUGGCGGUCACAUCCGUCGUCCUGGCUCUCAUCAUCCUGGCUACUAUCAUUGGUAACGUGUUUGUCAUAGCAGCAAUAAUAAUUGAGCGGAACCUUCAAAAUGUAGCCAACUAUCUGGUGGCGUCUUUAGCAGUCGCCGACCUAAUGGUGGCUUGUCUUGUGAUGCCAUUAGGAGCUGUUUAUGAGGUCAGCCAAGGUUGGAUUCUGGGUCCAGAAUUAUGUGACAUGUGGACUUCAAGUGACGUACUUUGCAGUUCAGCGUCUAUUCUACAUCUAGUUGCCAUAGCGACUGACAGAUACUGGGCAGUGACAAACGUUGACUACAUCCAUAUGAGGAAUGAAAAGCGAAUUUUUACAAUGAUCUUCCUUGUAUGGGGUGCUGCGUUGGUAGUAUCUCUUGCACCUCAGUUAGGCUGGAAAGACCCUGAUUAUCUCGCGAGGAUAACACAACAGCAGAAAUGCCUUGUCAGCCAAGACCUUGCAUAUCAAAUAUUUGCAACGUGCUCAACGUUCUACGUCCCAUUAGCUGUGAUUCUUAUCCUUUAUUGGAAAAUUUUUCAAACAGCCCGAAGACGGAUUAGGAGACGAAGGGAUCCUCCACCACCAAGACCAACAUCAGCUGAUGGUGUUACACCCACAUUACGACCGCCCAUUCAAUCAGCGAGAGAUAGAAGAUUUAUUAAAAAGCGCUUCCUAAAUCUGAAGAAAUGUAAUCAAAGAACCAGAGCAGAAACAAUAGCAGCUGCCCUACUUCUAACUGAAGGUCAGAGUACUUCUACAGUGGACACCUUAGAUGAAGAACCACGAACAACAGCAUUCACUAUCAACGAGAAAAUACCAGCGCCAGUAUCUCCCGAGAAGUCUUCAUCUACAGCUACUAAUGGCUCAAAACCAGAACGUUCUAUUGUUCCUGGACCAUCGCAUAGGGAAAAGAAGGAAUCUUUAGAGGCAAAACGAGAGAGAAAAGCAGCUAAAACUCUUGCUAUAAUUACAGGAGCCUUCGUAUUCUGCUGGCUACCAUUUUUCAUCAUGGCAUUAGUGAUGCCUAUUUGCCAAACUUGUGUAAUAAGUGAUUACUUGGCCAGUUUCUUUUUAUGGCUUGGGUAUUUCAAUUCUACAUUAAAUCCUGUGAUUUACACAAUAUUUAGUCCCGAUUUUCGCCAAGCGUUUGCGCGUAUUUUAUUCGGCACGCACCGCAGAGGUCGUAAUAAGAAGUAUUAACGAAAGUAUGUGAUACUAAAAGACAAUCCCCAUUGUAUAUUUGAAGUUAAUGUAUGUUAUACAUACCUAUAGUAGUGUAAAUAAGUUAUGAAUGUAUAUAUUAUAUAUACUUAUGUAACAUAGUUCGUUGAAAGUUGUUUCGGCCGCGGCGGCGUCGCUCCAGAGUCCCAAGCGAGGUCGCCGCUUGCUCUUAGGCUGAACACGCACGAGUGACGGUUAACAUAGAUAGCAUGUUGAAAAUGCUUUAUUGUUCACUGUAUAAGGCGUGUGUUACACAGGUAAAAAAUAAAAAGUAAAAUACAAAAACAAUUUCUUUUGUGCGAUCAUAUCAGGUGACAAAGCGGUAGGAAUGAAACGAAUAGUUCAAUGAAAUUUUUAUACGUAUUCUGAUGUACUUUAGCAAUAAGAUGUCAAAGAGUAAAAUUAAACUUUCUAGACAUUAAAGGUUUUAUCAAUAAUUAAUCAAAUGCUAAUAAUAUUAUAACGGAUAAUAUUUAAUGGACAUCACUCGUGCGUACGAUGCCUUGUUGUUCUAGUGACAUUACGAAAUAAAUAUUCAGAUUAUAUCAUG